CAUCCGCGAUGAGAACGGUCUUGUGCACGUGAAGGCAAGCAGCCGCCACGAUGCGUACUUCGGGCAGGGGUUCGCGGAGGCGCAGGACCGCCUGUUCCAGCUGGAAUUCCACCGCCUGGUGGGGCUGGGGGAGCUGGCCUCGGUGGUGGGCGCCGACGCCAUCGCGGCGGACAAGGCAACGCGCACGCUGAACAUCAAGGCGUCUGCGGCAUCGCUUUGCAAGUAUGCCAAGGCUUCUGAUCUUGCGCUCCUGCAGGCGUUCGUGGACGGCGUCAAUUACUACCUACAGCACGUGUCCAAGCGACCAGUGGAAUUUUUUUUCAUGUCGUCGAGGCCGCUCUACUUCCAUGAGCCGAAGCCGUUCACAAUGGAAGACCUCUGUGUGACAAUGCGACUUCUGCAGUGGGAGAUGAGCUCGAACAUUGAUGCGGAGGGUUCGCGCUUUUCCAAGUUCUUUACACCGCUGCAGCGCACCUACAGCCAAGUUGAAA